UAUGAUAAAUGUUAAGAUGAUUGAUCGUUUUCAAGGGGAGCAUAUGGUGUACCAUAGUUUCGAUAGCGCCAUGGAUGAUCCCCACAACUACUACCCACCCGAGUUCCUAAACACAUUGACGCCUAAUGGGCUACCACCUCAUGUUUUGAAGCUCAAGAUUGGAUGUCCUGUUAUAUUGCUCCGAAAUAUAGACCCUGCAAAUGGACUUUGCAAUGGCACCAGGCUGGUCGUUCGUGGCUUCCAAAGAAAUAGCAUUGACGCAGAGAUUGUACUGGGUCAACACGUUGGAAAACGGAUUUUCCUACCGUGUAUACUGCUGUGUCCCUCCGAUGAAGAGAUGUUCCCUUUCCAGUUCAAAAGAAAGCAGUUUCCUGUACGGCUUAGCUUUGCAAUGACGGUUAACAAAGCACAGGGUCAGACUAUUCCCAAUGUUGGUGUAUACUUGCCUGAACCAGUGUUCUCUCAUGGCCAACUAUAUGUUGCUCUAUCUAGAGCGACAGCCCGAUCGAACAUAAAGAUUCUUGUCAUCCCAGCUGUCGAUGGGAGGAAAAAGUCAAGGAAGGGUGUAAAGAAAACCCCCACCGUAGAUUGUGGGACAUAUACCAAGAACAUCGUCUACAAAGAGGUCCUAACAAAUUAGACCCAUGGUAAGAGUUGCAUGUUCAACUAACAAACUAAUAGGAUGAUGUUUCUCUUAUGUUUGAUUGGUCUGGUGUAUUAUCAAGUCAUGUUUGCAUGCUACAAUUGUUUUUAUUAGAGCCGCACAUGUUUGUGUAUUAUUAGAGCAUGCAUACUAUCUUAAAGUAUUGUUGAGUUUUGGAUCAUUUGUGAAAUUAGCAAUAUUAAUUUUUAUGCAUCUAACAAUUUGUUUUGAAUGUAGGUUUUUGUCCCGCGAGAAUGGAAUCUCUAUUUGUAGGCUUGUCUCAUAACAAGCCAAAAAAAUCGGUGGCAACCGCAAUAGUUCGAGAAGACUAUAUUUGCACGCAAGGUGAUCUUGCUCUCAUCGAUUUUAUCAAGGAAAUCCCUUGUGAACCAAGGGUAGAAGUCGUUCUUAUUGAUGAUGCCUUUGUUGAAAGGAAGUGGAUGGAGUGUUUAUUUCAGCCGAGCGCAUAUUUAGGUGACGAGGUUAUAGACUGUUACAUAAAUUUGAUAAAAGCUCAAAAGCAUCUAAAGUGCCGAUCUGGAGGUCGCGUUCACAUAGAAAAUGCUUUCCAGUUCAAUUUCCUGAAGCAAGAUGGUGAUCUUGAAAUUAAAACAGAGGAGCUAUAUCCAAUUAAAGACAUGGCACACAUAUGUAGCGCUGAACGAAGGGUGUUACUUUACCUAGACCAUGACAUGGUGUUUAUUCCGAUAAACAUCCGAGAGACGCACUGGUAUCUUGCUGUGAUCCAUGCAAGAAAUAUGGAGAUACAAGUGCUCGAUUCACUUGGUACUUCACAAGACCGCAAAGACCUCACUGACUCUAUUAAAGGACUGCAAAUACAAAUAGAUAUGAUAUCUCAACGUAAGGAGUUAAAAGACCACAGGUGGCCAGACCUCCAAGUUGCUUCUUGGCCGCUCAGAGAAAUAAACAUGGGAUAUGCAAAGCAGACAGAUAGCUCUUCAUGUGGCCUCUUUCUUUUGAACUAUAUCGAAUACUGGACAGGGGAUGAACUGUCUAACAGUUUUACCCAGGAUCCUAAUGACUGA